AUGGCCUCCGCGACGCAGCAACACCGGCGCCGCCGCGCCAUUCUCCAGCUGGCGGCCCUGCUGGUCCUUGUCUCGCCGGCGGCGGCCGCGGGCGGCGCCUGCAAGAGCGAGAAGUUCCCGGCCGGCAAGAGCUACGAGACGUGCGCGGACCUCCCGGCCCUCGGCGCCGCGCUGCACUGGACCUACGACGCGGCGGCCUCGUCGCUCUCCGUGGCGUUCGCGGCCAAGCCGGCCAGCGGCGCCGGCUGGGUGUCGUGGGGGAUCAACCCCACCGGCGACGGCAUGAAGGGCGCGCAGGCGCUCCUCGCCUUCAAGAGCGGCGCCACGUACGUCGUCAACACGUACAACCUCACCGGGUACAAGCCCCUCAGCGCGACGUCCACGCCCAUCGCGUUCAAGGCCACCGGGCUCGCCGCCGACGAGGGCGCCGGCGGGAAGGUGCGGCUCUACGGCACGCUGCAGCUGCCCAAGGGCAUGGAGUCCGUGAACCACAUCUGGCAAGUGGGGUCCGCGGUGGCCGGCGGGGUGCCGGCCAAGCACGCAUUCGCGCAGGAGAACCUGGAUGCCAAGGGCAAGCUCGUGCUCGCCGGUGCCGGCGCGCCGGAGGCCGCCCCGGCUCCUGCUGGCGGUGACUCGUCCGCUGAGUCUGGUAGCGUGGAGGCAGAGGCGCCGUCGUUGCCCACGCCGUCAGGCGGGAAGAAGUCGCCGGCAGCGGGAGCGGCGUCCACCACCCACGCCUCGGCUCCGGUGCUGAUCGUGCUUCUGGCAUUGGCGGGUUUCGUGGCGAUUGUGUGA